GCUCUUCAACAUGGAGAUGCUCAUUACAUAAGAUUGGUCUGCCACCAUGUACUUUGUACUACACUCUCGGUCGCUCAACAGAGUGGGCCACGAUUAGGGCACCCAUCUGGGGCACACAUCUUAUCUCCAAUUUUCUUUUUUAUGCCUCCCAAGUUCGAUCCCAACGAGGUCAAGGUCAUCCACCUCCGCGCCACCGGUGGUGAGGUUGGUGCCUCCUCGGCCCUUGCUCCCAAGAUUGGUCCUCUUGGUCUGUCGCCCAAGAAGGUCGGUGAAGAUAUCGCCAAGGCCACUGGUGACUGGAAAGGUCUCCGUGUCACCGUCAAGUUGACCAUUCAGAACCGUCAGGCCGCGGUCUCCGUUGUGCCCACUGCCUCCUCUCUCAUCAUCAAGGCCCUCAAGGAGCCUCCCCGUGAUCGCAAGAAGGAGAAGAACAUCAAGCACAACAAGUCCGUCAGCCUCGACGAGAUCAUUGACAUUGCCCGCACCAUGCGCUACAAGUCUUUCGCCAAGGAGCUCAAGGGUACUGUCAGGGAGAUGCUGGGAACUGCUCAGAGCGUUGGCUGCCAGGUCGACGGAAAGCCUCCCCAGGCUAUUCUCGAGGCCAUUGAGAACGGCGAGAUUGAUAUCCCUGAGGAGUAGAGUGUCUGGUUCAGACCAACAGUCCCACUGAGAAGAAAUUCUCGGUGUAGGGCGACACCAAAAUAAAAAGAAACAAAAACGCCCAACAACAGGUCUCCUUUUUUGCUUGUCGUGAUGUACUGAUUCGUUCCCCCAUAUUCCCCGUUGCGGAUUCGACACCGCGCCCCUUGGCUCACUCCGAGAUACAUCCUCACUGCUCAGUGGUGUAUUUCUAUUUUUGCUCAAGGAAGAAUGAACCCGGCCCCUUACUCACCUCUAUACCCUUACGCUCCGUGGGUAUAUUGGUCCUUCCAAUUAGGCCAACAU